CUUCCCUGUCAAACUAUCAUGUCUGAAGUUGGCAACAAUAGCUCUAUGGCGGCUUAUCAGCUUAGGGAUGGGUACGAUCUACCCGUGUAUGGUCUGGACUCUGGGAGAUUUUACGCCCUGCAUGUACCAGCACUGACAUGCAUCUUUCUCAGCUUGAUCUCAGCCAUCGUAACCAUAGUUUUAAGCUUCAAGAAAACUCCCCAACGAGCAUUUUCUGAUUGGACGAAAAGUGAACGAUUUAUUGUGUACAUGGCAAUUUGUGACGGUGCUUUCAAUAUAGCGCAUAGUAUUGACCAUCUUCAUAUUCUGAUAACUAGGGAUCACGUGUACCCUCCGCAACUUUGCCAAUUUUAUGGUGUCAUGUUGGUUGAGUUUAUCACGGCGCAAAACUUAAUGGUGAAUAUUGUUGCAGUAAAUGCAUUCAUGCUGAUGAUUUUCAACAAGCAGUUAAAAUUUGGAAAACUAGACUGGCAUUUGAUUUUAUGGAUAUUUGGAACCCCUUUUCUUUUCUCCAUGAUAGCUCUAGUAAACAAACAGUUUGGUCCAAAUGGAUCUUUCUGCUUUUUUGACGGUGUGACAGGGCAGUUGGCUCAGUUUCUUCUUACAACGCUUCCCCUCUCCGCCAUUCUGAUUGUAAACACAACACUGUACAUCUUGACGUGGGUAAAACUUCUUUCUUUGGAAAAAGCACUGAAGACAUCACUGGGAAAACAGUCGUCUGCAACCAGGAUGAAGCACGCGGCAGUUCGCGCUAUGUCGUUGUUUGUACUGGCGUUUAUGUUACAAUGGUGGGCUAUGGCUAUGUACGGGAUUUGGGUGUUUGCCAGUCCUGGCAGUGUCCCUCCUGCUGUGCAUCACACUGUUACCACAUUUUCAAACAUCGGUGGCGUUUUGAAUCUUGGAGUUUAUCUUCUCAUCAGACGAAGAAUGCAAGUUCAACAGACACAGAUAGAGCAAAGCUCUAAUCAGAAACGAUCUGGAACUAAAGAAACAAGCAACACAGAAUUAUAAAAAUCCCAGUUAUCUUCGGUAAUGUGCGAGAAUUUUUAAAUGUCACGAACUAGGUCAUACAUGUAUAUACACCGGAGCUACUAGCAUUAACUAUACUCAUGAUCAGCAAAAACAAUUAAAAAUCACGCAUCAUUUUAAUGGUCGUCGUCGUUGUUAGUUUUCUUCAAGUAAAUACCACUUUUUCUUCUUAGAAAUGUUCAUUAUUUUUAUUCUUUCAUUAGUUACGACCCCUGUGUCGAGGCCUCUGCUGGUGGACUGUUAGUCCCCGAGGGUCUCUACAUCCCAGUAGCUAAGUACUUCGUUACUAGCUUGAAAAUACGGAAGUAUAUUAAAUUGCUGGGAUAAAAGUUUAGAAUAUCAUUUCAAAAUUAAGGAUUAUCUCCCUCAUGCAUAGCUCUUAUCCUUGGACGAAUUUGGCUCUUGUAUUUGGCACUCUAGUUUUCCUUUUAGCUCUUACAAGUUUAUUGUUUUUUCGAAUUUCCAAAAUUUCGGUUUGAUCAUCACUGAAGAGACAUCAUUUGUCGAAAUGCGCAUCUGGUGCAUCAAAAUUGGUACCUAAUAAGUUUUACACUUAUAGAUAUUGUUUCUCAAACUACACAUACUGUUCCACAUGCUAUACUUGAACAUAUCUUAUUCUAUAAAUGCAUAUUAUACAAAAGGUUUGAACACACGUUAUUUGUUUCUUAAGAUUUAUUUAUUGUUUCUUAAGAUGCACUUCGUCCAUUAAAAGAUUGCGGGUCACAAAAUGUGUUUUCAAAUCAUCCUCUAUAGAGUUAAAAUUGCCAAUGAUUAUCAUUUAACAAAAUCAGUUGAAGUAUUAUUCAUUCGUAACGUGAAAUUACUUUCUAUAUUAAAAUUUAAAUUCUAUACCUAGUCGUCAGUUAAUGUUGAUGGUUGUAGUGAAGAAUCCAACUUGGCUAAGAAAGCAGAAUUAAGACAGGAAUAUUUUAAUGCAAAUUGAUAUAUUUACUUACAUAUCCAAAUGUCCAUUUACAACCAUUGUGUUGGUGAAUUUUUGGACAGAAAUAAAUUGAUUUUAGGACCAUUCCUCAUGAUAAAUUAAAGACUAGACUUUUUGACACCAUAAACAGUUGGGUUUUUUAAAACAAAAAUGGAAAUAUUCAUAUCUAGUGAUCAUUCAUCCCCCCAAAAAAUUCUUUGUUAAAUACCACUCAGAUUUCACACACAAGUACUCUGAAGUUGAAAUUAAAAAUAUGCUGGAGUUUCUCAUUGAUAAUAUCUAAGUAGUCCUCGGUGAUCAAGUCUUCCAACAGUUUGUUGGAAUUCCCAUUGACACGAAUUGUGCUCCUCUGUUAGCUGACCUGUUUUUAUAUUGUUAUCAGAAAUAAUUUAUUCAAAAGCUUCUAUAUGAGAGGAAAAAAUCUCUUGGAGUGGCCUUCAAUUCGACAUUUAGAUAUAUCGACGACGUUUUAUCUAUUAACAAUAAUCAUUUUCCUUCAUAUGUCGAUUCGAUAAAUUCCCAGUGAACUCGAAAUAAAAGAUACCACAGAGUUACCUACAUCUGCUUUGUACUUGGAUCUUUGAUUGAAAAUAGACAUUAACAGCAAACUAACAACUGAACUUUAUGACAAACGGGAUUAUUUCAGCUUCUCCCUCGUCAUCUUCUAAUAUUCAUAUGGCAAUAUUCCAUUAUCACCUGCAUACAUGUUUGGUGUUUAUAUAUCUCCCCCGAUUCGAUACGCAUGAGCUUGUUCUGUGUAUGAUCAGUUUUUAAAUCGAGGCAGAUGACUGACAAACAGGUUGAUGAUACAGGGAUUUCAACAGUCUCGUUUAAAGUCAGCAUUUCGCAAAUCCUAAGGUCGUUAUUACGAUCUAGGAUGCCAAUACAACCUGUCAUUGGGACAAAUGCUGUCUGACGUGUUUCAUACUAAUUGUUAGGCCGUCCUUGGUACACUGACUUUGACUACGAAUUACUAAGUUUACGUGAUCAAGAUACAUGUAUAGGGUUCACGGCGGGUGUGACCGGUGAACAGAGAAUACUUACCCCUCCUAGGCACUUGAUCCCACCUCUGGUAUAUCCAGGGGUCUGUAUUUGCCCAACUCUCUAUUUUGUAUUCCUUAUAGGAGUUAUGAGAUUGAUCACUGUUCGUUAUCUUCACAUUGUCAUGCAUAUUGUGAUUAAAAUUUGACUCGAGGAUGUAGAUCCUGAAGGACAGAACGGAGGUUAUUGAUUUUAAGUGAAAACAACACGGCCUUUUGUUAGAGACUAGUAUGUUUCCUUGAAGUCAGACAAAAACAUUACAGCUCCCAGAUUUUAAAUGGGGUAUACUAUAGUGUAUCGAAUAGGAUGAAACAUCAGAUGAAUUCGGAAUUCGACCACGAUCAUGUGAUUCAAAUGAUAAAAAUAGCCACAUAAAAUCCAUAUUGAUUUUGUUGAAUAUAUUUUGUUGAUAAAAAUGUCUGGUUUUGUCCAAACCGAACAUUCAUUAGAAACUUACUCGACUGUUGUCAGCAGAUACCAAUUGAACGACUGUGCGGGUACAUAAAAUGUGCUCAUAGACAAAACAAACAGAGGUGUCUAAAAUGUUUAAUGUUCACCACAUCAUGAUGACGCAGAACAGUUAUUACUAUACAUGUAUAGGUACAAUAGUUUUUUUUUAUGUUGGUGACCAAAUACGAUUUCUUUAGAUAAUCUCAUCGUUAUUCUGAAACGUUUGUUGCAAUGUGUUUGAUUGUAGGAAAACCGACUUGACUGACAGAAGGUGUGUCACACUCUAAAAAUAUUUGGUACUUAGCAAAUAAGAGUCAUCGAAGAAUAUAUCAAUUACUAAUGUAAAUUGUAGGGCACGGUAGCUCAAUCGGACAAUCGUCGAUUCGGUCCGGAGUCGCGCCAGACGUGAGGCGCUAUCGCUGUUCCUUUGCCUCGGCAUUUGAAACGAAUGAAUGAGACCUGUACCCCACGUCAUGAUAGGCGUUAGCAGAAUGAAGAACCAUGACAGAUAUAUCAUGUAUUGUAUAUGUCCAUGUGAGUGAUGUGACAUUUCAGCUGAUGACAUUACUACGUGUGCGGGUGAAAUAUUCUCAAAGGGACAUUAACUUCCAAACAAACAAUCCUGACAAUCGAAUCAUAAUUAAAAAUGUUUAUUUUGUGAGAGGUAUCCGUGAAAUCUUACUGUAAUCGAACAGAAU